GGGACUACAGCUCCCAUAGUGCCCGCGUCAGCCUUCUCCAAGUGCGGCGAAAGGCCUGGAAAGGAUCUGAGCUCUGGCGGUGUCGUCCAGCUCCGGGCCCGGCCCGGCCCGGCAGCAGGAAAUGGCAGCGCUGGGCAGAUCCUGUCAGGGCAUCCCUGCGGGUCCUGCCGUGGAGUUCCCCCAGGCUCCAGCCGUCGCCCCUGACCGACACGGCCCGCUGGGCCUCGUGCGGGACGACCCGCAGCCCGGAGCCGUGGGCCGCGACCGUCUCCAGCCCCCCGUGAUGGUAAUGGCAGGGAACGGAAGCGAUGGUGCCGAUGGCGGCGGUUCCUCCAGUCUGUAUCUGCAAAGCAGCUUCGACGUUGCCUCCCUGGCUGCGCUUGGAAGUUACAAUGAGGGCUUGACGGUCGCCCCGGUGGGCUCCUUCACGAGUGCGGCCCACCCGCAAGGCCUGCACCUGCCACAGGGUCAGAGCCAUGUCUCUGUUCGCUGUGGAAAGAAGCAUAAGCUAGAAGAAGAGGCGGAAGGUUGUCCUGUGCGGAAGAAGAGACUGACAGGAGCCAAAAAUUGCCCUUUGAAUCCCAACACUGAAGAAUGGAUUCUCUGUGCAGGUCAGCAGGCAGCUGGGGAGGUAGCAAGUCAGUAUGGUGGCAGCUGUCCUGAAACUGCCAUGUUAGAAAUUCCCUGUGAAGAAAUGGAUCAGACAAUGGGGGAACAGCAAUACGAGGUUGCUCGCAGGAAGCUUCAGGAAAUUGAGGACAGGAUAAUUGAUGAAGAUGAGGAAGUUCAUGCUGAUGGAAAUGUUAGCAAUCUGCCCACUCUUAUCCUGUCAGAUACCCUUAAAAAAGGGAUGAAGAGGGAUUUUGGUGAAGGCCUGACAAAGAAAAUAAUAGAAUCUAUGAGCCGUCCUUCUAUGGAGCUGGUGCUUUGGAAACCUCUUCCUGAAUUUCUCACAGAUAAACUGAAGUCUGUUUCUGUUAAGAACUUCAAGCAGCAGAGUGCAGAAGGGUGUCAAGCCAAGCAGUCAACACCAAGAGCUGCUUUUGACCCACAGACUGAAACAUUCCCUGAAUCACAACAGACUGCCAUGUCUCCAGAUCCAUAUGCUAGUUCGGGAAUCUCUGGGUGUGCAGAAGAAGAAAUGGAGUUGUAGAUGCCAGAUUUUAGACUGGAAGUGACGUGAGGAGUUUGCUGCUUGUGGAGGCACAAAAGUGCUCAGCUGUGAGGUCAGGCAGACAGGCAGCAGCUGCCGCUGCCUGGGGUCACGGCGGGACAACGUUGCCGGCAUUUUAAUUGGUAAAUCACACCUGGGAUGUUACUUGGUAAGCGGAGCAGGGAAGUGAUUUGCAACAGGCAGUGUUGAGGAUUACCUGUUUCACUUCAUCUUGCAUCACCUUCACAAUUCAUCCAGGACAUGUUCGCGAGCAGUGCUGCAGUGGCUGAACAGCUCAGGUCUAGCCCUCCAGAGAUGGAUGGGGCUGGGUGGUGGCUACAGGCACCAAUAUGAGCUGCUCGGGUAGAAGAGCCAGCUCAGGCAGGCAGCUUUGGAGGAAGGCAGAAGGGUGGCAAAAUGACAGGUCUUCCAGCCUUUCAGAGCAGCCUGUUGCAGGAGAGAAGAGAGCGACAGAGAUACAGCAGCACUGGUGAAGUGCUUCAGUCCCUGCAUCGAGGUGUUUCAGGCCACAGGACAUAAGAAUGGCUUUUCCUGCCUGCUGGGGCAGCAGCAGGACAUGCUGCAGUGAAGUUACUCCUCGAGCAUAAGAUGGUAGCUUUCUGCUCCGUAUCACUCACACAUCCACUCUUAGCCUCUUGCCUUGUUCUAUCUGUGGUAGCACAAGGAUGAUUCUGAGGAUUGCAGUGCUCUACUUCAGUGACAGUUGGCAGCUGCUGAGAUUAUGGUGGAGAAAAGGGGAUCUAUGCUACCACUGCUUUCUCUGCUGCUGCAGGAGCAGCCUUUACUUCAGAACACUUGGCUGCUCUCGGGCAGGCUAAGUUGAAUUCAGUUUACAGGAGACCCAAAAAGCUUACAUGUACAGCUAUCAAACUGUACUUCACUUGAUGCUGGUUCAGACUACCACCAAGUACUUUAAUGAAUCAAAGCAAUUUAAAACCUCAACCUUGUGAGCACUGAUCUUUCUUAUACCACUGGCUCAGAAUAAUUACUGGAGCAGAAGCUUGCCUAGCAGCUGAGAACUGUAGUUUGGCUGGCUUAAGAACAAAGGAAAGUAAUAUGCAGUAGAGGUAUAUAUAUAUAUUCUUUUUAUUCUGAAUGCUGUCUGAAGCAAUCCUUUGCAAUGUUGAAUUUUCUGGUGGUUAUCUCCCUUAAGGCUUAAGCACAGGCAAGGCUGAUAAUUGGUACAGGAUUUUGGUUUAGGAUGGCCAUGUCUUGCAUGUAUUCUUAUUUCUCUCAGUGUACCAUUCAUGUACAGCUGUUCGACUUCAAUGUGUCAGACAUGGAACAGGUGCUUCAGUUUUUCCACCAACUUUUGUCUUCAAGAAAAACACAACAGCUUAGAGAGUUGCCUGCAGCCAUUUCCUGCCUAGACAGCUUUUCCAGUUGUUUGGGUUUGUUUGUUUGUUGUUGUUUUGUUUUUUUUUUUUUUAAGGUAGCUAUGUUUUUCUGUGCCCCUCUAAUUUGGUAAAAGAUUGCCCUACUUUGGUCUUGGUUUGAGCUGAAUUACUCUUGUUGAGUCCUUGGAUUUAGUUAUUAUGAAAUGUGUAAAUGAUACUGGGCAGUGCCUUCAUAAUGGUACACCAAAAGCUGAAUGUAAGAAUUGUAAACUUCUUCCUUAUUCAUUGAAAACAAAGGUCAUGCUUCCCCUAAGAAAUCUGUUGCAACCAGUCUAAGUAGUUUGCCAGAAGAGUUCACAUUAACUCUUCACCUCCACUCUUCCUCAUCCUGUCAGUUAACGUUGCUGUCUUAACCUGAGCUACCAUGAAAAAAAGAACUGCCUUAAGCAUUGCUGGGAAAAUAAAAAAAAAACCUGCAGUUGUGCAGGUAUCAGGUCUUACAGUCUGUGAGCUUUAAGCUACUCUUCAUUUCCUUUGAUUUUGGACUUCUUUUCCCCCUCAAAUUUCUGAAGGAAAUGGCAGGAUUUCUACACCUUUAAACAUGAAGGCUGGAGAGACAUUCUUUGGUGAAGACAGCCCACACAGAAACUGGGGGGUGGGGUUGGGGUAGAAGGAAUGGACACAGCUGGAUGUUCAGGUUUUCCAGGCAGGUUCUUGAAUGCUCAGUGAAGCUUUUUUGCUGUGCCACCAUUUAUUGCUGCAUUAGUUAAGCUAAAACACAACUAACCCAAAACAACAGAAAGACUUGGCCUUACAGUGUUUUUAAUAGCAGAAACUGUAUUUAAAUCAAUGCGUAAUAUAUGGCAAGCCCUCUUACCUCUGUUCACACUCUUCCCACAUACCUUAACAAGGGAAGAAAGACUUUAAAAAGAUGUUCAGGCAGCAAAACUAUUAACUUUAUAUACUUGAUUUCAUUAGUUGAUUUUCAUUUCUUUUGGUAAAAGCCUUACUUUCAGUAGCUAUUAAAAUGCUUGGUUAUCAGUUGUCAUGCUUAAAAAGUGCUUGCUUUAGUCACAGUAGCUUGUCUAGGUGCACAGAAAAUGCAAUUCUAAUCCUAAACAUCACACGAGUAAAACUGGACUGAGGAACAUCCUUGAUAACCUGAGAUAUCCUAACGGAGAUAGCACACAUCACCAAAAAUUCCAUUUCAACUACAGUUAGGAUCAGCUCCUGAAGAAACAAAAAUAAGCACGAGCAGUGGGAUGGGCUGCACAUCUUUGGUGUGCCAGUCUCAACCUUCCUAUAGCCCUGAGGAAAGUAUGUGAAAUACCAAUUGUUUUACAGGUGCUAGUUUCAACUACUACAUACUUAUUCCUGUAAACUGUGUCUUCGACUUCCAAGCUAGAAAAUGUAGAGCUGAGUUUUAAAGAAAUGAAACCUCUUCCUUACAUUAUUUCUGCUGUACUUGAACUUUUUUAGUUUCAUAUGAAGUUCCAAUAAUACUGACAAAAGUAAUGCAAAACUAUGGAUCAAAUCCUCACCUGUCCAUUUGCUUUUUGGACUCACAGUAACAUAUAUUAGGUACUAAGAGAUCUCUUGCAGCCAUCCCUAUCUUCCAGCAUGAAAGUAAAGCAACUUAUUCUCAGACUACUUACUUUUUUUAAUCUAAGUUUCUGCUAUAUUGCACAGCUGUAGUUUUUACUAUCCAGUAUUCAGAUAUAAUGCUUUAUUACAACAAGCUAGGUUACUCAAGUUUGUAAUCCAAAGCAGUCCUGUCACCUUGAACGUUAGUGACCAAUACCCUCCUGUCCCAUCCCCCAUUUCCUUCCCUCCCCUGCCUCAAGUUAUUUUUGUCAAAUUUAAUGCAAGACAUGAAAUAGCACUGAAACAAAGAACAGUUGUGUGAACACCUGGAACAGCUCUCACACUUUCAGUAUAAAAUUUCAGUUUCUUCUCACUCCAAGUGUUUUUAGUACUGUGACAUUGAAACAAAAUGCAUGAGGACAAAAAAAAAAAAAAAAAAAAAGAGGUCCUACUGUGGUAUUUGAAAUUAGCUCCUGCAAAGUUAAUUUUAUGCUUCAGGAAUUCCUGUGGUAACAUAGGACCUGCACCUUUUUCACCCCAUGUGUGUCUCUCACAGCUUCACAAACACUAGACAUGCCACUUGAAACGCACCCUCCCUCACUCAGACUGAGCAUUUUGAAUGGCAUUAUUGGCCAACAGGAAGAUAUUACAGGAAUUUUAUUCAGACAUCAAGCUACUGCCACCUGCAUUCCCUAUUCAGACUGUAGAUUUUGCUCUAACAGCUCUGGCCAUCAUACAAAUCCAUCUACCUUGCACAGAGUUUGCAACAUUAAGUGCUCCCAGAAAGAAGCUGCUAGAGCAUCCAGCUACAUACAGCAUAGAAGUGCUGCUGGAUUGGUGCAUUAUGGUAGUGUAAGGACAAGACACUAAGUGACCUAAUCUCUUAAAAUUUCUAUAGGUUCAAAUUCUGCAAGGCCCAAAUACUCUCCCCGCCCCACUGAGAUCCAAGGCAAAAAAGGGUCAGUGAGCUGCAUUGCACUUUAAUUGCACCAAUACAGUUAAAUAUUAAAUGGAAAAAGCAACUCUACAUAGCAAAUGGAAAACAAGCAUUUACAUAGUAGAUCUGCAAGAUGUACAGACUAUUUAGUUUUUAACCCAGUUGCCUAUACAUGAAUAUCCCACUGCAGUUUGUGUCAAAAUUAUUUUAAAUGUAAAACAAAAUGAACAUUUUCAGGUUCAUGUGGAAUUGGCAAGUUA